AUGGCAGACCUAUUGGUUCUAAUUUUGUCCAUUCUCGUCAUAUUGUUACUCAUCACCGCCUGGGACCAUAUCCUUACCCUCCCAUUCAUAAACCCAUCGAGGCGUGAAGUGCGGGAUCUCCUCGUUGCAAUCGAAGACCUGUUGUUGCCGAUGGGGUCGUUUCCAAGCAAGCUCUUGCAACCUUGGGCCCCAACAGUCAAGAAGUGCCGGUCACAUUCCACGGCAUUAACACUGUCCCACAACCCAACACCUGCCGAGGAAGGGUCAGAGCCCAGUACUCCUGCUUCGACCGAGCCUACACCCGGCGAGAGCGGGUCAAACCCCACCGCAGUGCCCCCAUCGACCGAACCAACAUCUGUCGUCGGUGGACCAAAUCCAACCAUGUUGCCCCUUUCGACGGAACCGGCACCUGGCCACGGCAAAUCAAAGCUCAUCACAAUACCCCCUCCACCGGUGCCAGUGCCUGUCGUUGCCGGGUUUGAUACUACUACAUUACCACCUCUCGCCGAGCCAACACCUGUCAAAGGUCAGUCUUUUGGCCCAGAAGACGAUCCAGACGAACCGUUCUUCGACUCGCCUGAGUGUCAGCAGUUAUCAGGCGAUGACAUCCAGAUGGCGUUUAAUGUACCACUUCCGGAGCAGCAAGGUACCGAGAUCGACUCUCUUAGUAGCGGUUCUACCCUUGCUGGUGAGGAGGUAGAGAAUGAAGAGCAGGAGCAGGAGCAGGAGGUGGAAGAUAGCACUGCUGUAGUGGAGAAGGAACCCACGGAAACCGAAGUUUUCGAAAAGGAGAUUCGUGGCUUGGUCGAUCCCGAGGGAAGAUACGGCCCGGAUCUUCGGAAAACGAUCGAACUCGUCGCCGGCACCGUCGAGCGUCAAGCAAAGGCCGAGGAGGGCCUAAAAUCCGAGACCGUGCGCUUCCAGAGAGCGGAAGAUGAUCUUAGACACGGGCGGGAAGACUCGAGGGAGGUGUUCGAACGCAUCAUCAGCGGGCAGAAUGCGAUGUUGCGGUUGACACGGGAUGAGAAUCAUGAGCUUGUUGAAGAGAGUCAGACACUACUCAGCAAGAAUGCUGGCUCGAAGGAAAAGUAUCAGCGCAUGCUAGACCAAUACAACAACCACCUCAACUCGCUGAACGUGGCAAAGGAAUCCGCCGAACAAGCCGCAGAAACGGCAAUAGCUGGGGUGAAUGGCCGCAUUGACGCGGUGAAAGAGAGCUAUGAGCAGAAGAAGUCAGCUGCAGAGCUCAACAAUAGGCAAGAGCGGAACACGCUCAACUUCUCAAAGAAAAUGGUUGAGAACAACCUCGCGGAGGCUCGCCGUCAGGUGAUUGCGGGUGAGCAGCAGCAUGAUGCUGCAAUGAAGGAAAGAGACAGUACCAUCAAGGAGCUCAAAGUAGCGAUGGGGCGACUGAGAUCAACAGUGACGACGUCGGAAGAGCUUGCAGCUUCCGCCGAGCGGGGUCUACAGAAGCAGCUGGAUGACCAAUGCAAGGAGAAAGACCGUGAAAUCGGCACCCUCAAAGAUCAGCUUCGCGAACUGGAGGAUAGGGUUAAAGCACUGGGCGGCUGGAAGGACAAGGCGGAGGCAGAGCAGCGAAACCACCAACGCACCUCGAGUCAAUUGAACGAUGAAAUGACGGCCCUUCGCGAGGACAAGAACCAUUUAGUGCAUGGGCUGAAGCUUGAGAUCGGAGGUCUUCAGAGGAGUAUUAAAGAGGAAGAAGAUACAAUAGCUGACCUUCGGCGGAAGGUUACUAGCCUGAAGUCAGGCCAAGAGGUCAAAGACCUCAAGUCUCAGCUUGGAGAAGCCAAGAAGCAGCAGCAACUAUCAGUGAAGGAAACGCAAGAUCUGAGACAGCAGCUGCAGGAUUGCCAGCAUGGGCUGGAGAAGCUCCGAGAUACUGUCAAGGCUCGAGACAAGAAGAUCGAGAAAGAUGCGGAGAUCUCAUCGAAGAAGAAGGAAGAUCUCGAGAAGCGGCUAGAGCAGGCUACAUGCGCCCAAGACAGAGGCUUUGAGGAAGCAGCUCGAAAGGUAGAGGAGCAAAAGAAGGAGCUAUCACGCGAGCUCAAGGACGCCCAGGAGGCGGAACAGAAGGCUGGCGCUGACUUGCAACGCCUCGAGGAUACGAGGAAGCGGACGACGAUAGAACACCAGAAUGCUAUGAAGGAGAAAGACGAGGAGAUCAAUCGCCUUGGCCAAACGAUUCAAGAUGCGAGGGCGGCCGCCGCCGCAAAGGCAAAUGAAGCCGGGAAGGAGGCCACUGAGAUUGGUGCUGGUGAAGAAGGACAGAAUGAGAUGGAAAAGAGAGAGACAGUCGAAAUUGCGCUCAAGAAGGCUGCCGAAAAUGCAAAAGACAAAGAUCGACAGCACGAGGAGGAUAAAAAGGAAGCUGUUGAGAAGGCUGUCAGAGAGGCCGCAGAAGAUGCAAUUAAAAAACAGCGACAGUAUGAGGAGGAGAAGAAACGGGCCGUCGAAGUCGCAGUCCGAAAGGCCGAGGAAGAUGCAAACAAGGAAGUUCGACAGCAUGAAAAGGACAAGAAAGAAGCUGUCGAAAAAGCUGCAAAAGACGCAGACGAUAAAGAACGACAGCAUGUGAUGGAGAAGAAAGAAGCGGCAGAGGAAGCUGUCAAAGAAGCUGCAGAAGGUGCGAGGCAGAAACAUCAGAAACAACUAGACGACGAGAGAGAAUCAUCUCGCCAAGCGCAGAACAAGGCCAUUGAGACCGAGACCAAUCUGCGAACUGAAAUCAGUGGUCUCCAGUCGCAAGUCGGGAAGGUUGUUGAGUCCAAGAGCGUGGAUCCCGCCAACUCUCAACCUGGUAGAGACGCGAAAGAAUUGACAGUGAUAGCCAGAGAGGCGACCGAGGCGCACGAACUUCUUCUGGAGAUUGAGGGAAACGGCGUCAUCCAAGGUUCAGUCGAACACACUGUGCUCCGCCAGCUCAACAACGCAAAACUUGCGCUGUAUUGGAUUAAGUGUGACCUUCGAAAGCCGCGUUUUGCUGCUGACAAGCACCAUUUCCGCGAUAUGACGUACGGCGUCGAGGUAAAAGAGGAGGACAUCCAGCAAUUGAACAUGGCCACACACGGAAAGCUGGUCCAACAAGGCAAAGUGGCGAAUGCGAGGAUGCAGAACUUGCGGUACAUCUUGGACACAAACAAUGAUGUCCAGAAAGAUGCCAUGCUUGAAGCCAUAUUGACGCCGAACCCAAUCAAGCGAGAGACGAAGAAAGCGCGAGGCCUGAAGCGGCAUACGCAACCAGGCCCUGGCAUGCUCGCCUCAGGUCCUUCAACAGUCGUUCAAGCCGAACAUUCAACCGGUCACUCCCAGCAGAGGAAUGGAAAUCCGGAACCACAAUACGAUCCGUGUCUGUUCAAUCCGCCCCAGAACGUGCAGCCGCAAUUAUCAGCAGCCACGUCACAGGACCAGAACCAGGGAUUUUUGCCAACUCCCUUUGACGGAGCCGCAAGUGGAUUUUCUUUUCAACUUCAAACCAAGGCUACGCCUGACUUUACGUCAGCUCAGGGUGUGCCAGGAUCCACAGAUGAUUGCAGCUCAUCUUUAACGGCACAAAGCCAAGGAGACCAGCAAACGGGUGCGCUGGGCUUCGACUUUGGUGCUAUAGAUGAAUCUCAUCCCGUUUGGAAGGGCAUCAGCUUCGGUAAGCAGAAAGAAGCCUCAGAGGAGGCCGGUGCAGCACAGAGCACCACCGUGCUUCAAGCAAGCGCGAACGCCGAGCCUUCGUCAGCACAAUAUACGCCCUCCACAGGCUUUCAGUUCGGUAAAACCGCUCUUCUCCAGCCCUUGACAAUAGCUGAGGUUUUCACAGAUGUUGUAUCGACGCCAAUGAACAACGAACAGAGUGGAGGACCCAUGGAUCGGUCAACGGGGGUCAAGAAAGACCACAACGCCAAGCCUUCCUCAGCGCAAUAUACGCCCACUACUGGCUUUCAAUUCGAUAAUCCAUCAAUGCCAAUGAACAAUGCACAGAAUGGCGGAUUAAUAGAUCGAUCAACAGCGGCCAAGAAAGACCACCGUCAACCUUUCGCAGACAUUAUGGCUUUGUUGAAAUUACCAACAUCGUCUGAGAAAGCAACUAUAGCCGCCGUCCCAGAGCCGGUUCCCAAAAACAACAGAACUUCAACUACUGGACCUACAGAUAUAGCAGCAGAGACUUCGCGCACGUAUUCUGUUGUUAAACAGUCAUCCCUUCCAGGCCUCCAAGACGACGACGGGAUUGCUGGGCCAGUCUCCGAACCCACGUCCCAGCGACCUAAAAACAACAUCCGAGGCCGAGGUCGUUUCAAUGCAUCCAAAGGUCGCCUGCUUGCGCAUCAAGCGUUCGCUACGCGGCAAACUGUACCUUCGCCAGAGUCGACCCAAGCACAGCAACCAGACCCACAAGAGCAGGGCUCCGUCAUCCAGCAAGGAGGUUCAGGGGCUUCCGUUCAGCAUGAUCAUAACUCUGACAAGCCCAUAGGCUGGACAGACCUGAUGACGAACGCUGUGAUGGAUGAGUUGCGACGCAACAAUGACGUUGGCCUCGACUUCCUCCGCGAGUUCCUCAGAUUUAACUACGAUUUGGAGACGGAUGACAUCAAAGGUCUGAACAAGUUCCUAGAGAUGCUAAGACAGGAGGUCAAACCCGGACAUGGCUCUCGCUCUGACCAGCCCAAGGGUUGGACAGCGGGAAUGACGAGUUUCGUCGAAGUUCUAUUGAACAAGGGCCAUACAAGCGCUGACCGAAUUAUCACGUUGCUCAACCGCGAGUAUGGUAACGUCUCCGCCAUUGAAGGAGUGGGAAAAUACGUGGAGAGAUUGAAGACCAACCACAAAACCGGGAUCCCUGAAAUGCCCACUGGAUGGACGAAGGAGCAUACGGCGAAAGUGAGGGGUAUGCUGCGGGACGGAGACGAAAUUGACUUCAUCGAGGAAAUUAUGAACAUGGAGCUUGAUUUACCGACGGAUGACACAGGUUGUUGGGAAAAUUGGCUGAAGAAGCUACAGUCGGAUUACCAAGCCGAAGCGGAGGACCCAAUGCUGCAGGACUAG